AUGGCCGCGGUUUUGAUGAACCGACCUGAUUCUUAUGAUGGUAUGUUGGUACUCGAUCACACAAUUGACAACAAAGGAUGCAGGGUUGUGAAAGUGGAUUGCGUUCCCACUGCGGCUGAUGAAAACGCUACCGUAUUCAUAAACGGAGAAACUGCUGUAGCUAUUGGUAUUGGAUCGCACUUGACGAAUUUCUCAUGCAACCGUGACGGUAAAUGGAUUAUCGGUGAUGGAGUUUUGGUCAACAAUGUGUCUUGUUCAGUACAACGUGAGUUGAUUGAGCAGUUUUUUGUUAUUUCUACUCAACGAUGGUAG